GCGGCAGCUGUUGCAGCGGCAGAGCUGAGAUGGGUGUGGAGGCGCCGGCGGGUAAUCAACCCUGAUGCAUUGUGGUUUUUGACGUGGAGGAGCGAUUCAGAGAUGCAUGAAUAUGUUGAAACGAGGAGGUGGAGCCUCCAUUAACUGAUCACUGAUCAGCUGUGACAGAGCUGACUGCAGAGCAGGAGGUGAGACCAGACCUAGAGUCCUCAACAGUUCGACGGUUUGAACCUGGAGCCUGCAGCGGAAACCCGGCUGCCGCACGGUGAACAGGACUCAGGAGGAUUUCAGUCCCCGCACAGGUACGGGCAGUUAUGCCACUGACAGGAAGUGACAUCACGCAUUUCCCACGUCUGAAGAAGUGAAGCGAUUGUUCCUGCAGCUGAGUGUAGUUUGCAAAAGUGUUCUUUAAGAACAGAGCUGAUCUGUGGUCAGAGUGUGGCCGCCUCACAGGAAACACAGGCACGUCCUCACAGAGACAAACAAGCAGAGUGAAUGAUGGGACCGAAGACGCCGCUGCUGGUCUCUUUGCUCGUCGCCCUGGGGGUGAGCUCGGCAGCCGGCGGCCACUAUGGCUACUCCAUGCCCGGCUCUCCGUUCAACAUCAGCAGGACCGACCGCGGCCUCCAGCAGGUCGUCCUCGCCGCCACCCGCUCCUUCAACGACCGAUCGAACGAUGCCUUCCUUUUCAAACCCUCCGCCAUCCGCAGGGCGCAGCGACAGAUUGUUAAAGGGAUUCGAUACAUCGUAGAUUUGGACAUUUCCAGAACCGUCUGCCGUAAACGAGACCACAUCGACAACCUGUCCCAGUGUGACUUUCAGCCUAAAGGUCGUCUGCACCAGACAUUUCAGUGCCACUUUGAGGUUUGGGUGAUUCCCUGGGACAAUGAGACCAAGAUCCUGGUCUUCCUAUGUCAACCCUGAGACCACCAGCUGCCUCAGAACCUCCAUCCUCCAGAUUUCUCUAAAGCCUCUCUUCCUGAUGGAGUUUAACGGUGCUGGUGACGGUCACACCCACCUGUUCGCCUGUUCGCUUGUUCGCCUGUUUGCUUGUUCGCUUGUUAACCUGUUUGCUUGUUCGCCUGUUCGCUUGUUAACCUGUUCGCUUGUUCGCCUGUUCGCUUGUUCGCCUGUCGGCCUGUUUACCUGUUUGCUUGUUCGCCUGUUCGCUUGUUCGCCUGUUAACCUGUCGGUUAUUCGCCUCUUUGCUUGUUCGCCUUUUCGCCUGUUAACCUGUUUGCUUGUUCGCCUGUCCACAUGUUCGCCUGUUAACAUGUUCGCCUGUUUACCUGUUC